CACUCAGACCUUGCCCUGCUGGGCUGUAACAACAACUCUGACUCUGAAGCCUCUGGACACAGCAGUGACUGCUCCGGGGACCCCACACUCCGCAGGCAGGAAAGCGCUGUCAGCAGGGGACCAGAGGAUGGGGAGGGGCUGCAGCUGUGUCCAGCUCUGGCCCCUCAGUUUGGGAAGGACAUCGAGACACUCGAGUGCAUCCAGAGGAGGCAACGAGGCUGGAGAGGGGCUUGGAACACAAACCCUGUGAGGAACCACUGAGGGAGCUGGGGGUGGUGAGCCUGGAGAAAAGGAGACUCAGGGGUGACCUCAGCACUCUCUACAGCUCCCUGAAAGGUGGUUGUAGUCAGCUUGUCCAGCAGCCCCAGCUCUGCCCUCGGAGCCCUCACCCCUCGCAGGAGCCGGAGCCAUGCGUGUUGCCAUCAUCGGCGCCGGGGUGAUCGGGCUCUCCAGCGCCCUGUGCAUCCAUGAGCAGUUCCACAGCCUGGAGCCUUCCCUGGAGCUCCAGGUCUACGCUGACCACUUCACCCCCCACACCACCAGCGACGGGGCGGCCGGGCUGUGGCAGCCCUACCUGAGUGACCACGGCAACCUGCAGGAGAUGCUCUGGAAUAAAGAGACCUUCGAUUACCUCCUCGGGCACCUGCACUCCCCAGCAGCCAAGGAAAUGGGGCUUUUCCUCAUUUCUGGCUACAACCUGUUCACGGAGCCGGUGCCGGACCCGUCCUGGAAGAACAUUGUCCUGGGCUUCAGGAACUUGACACCAAAAGAACUCGAACUCUUCCCUGGUUACAGCUAUGGCUGGUUCAACACGGCGCUGAUGCUGGAGGGCAGGAGUUACCUGCCCUGGCUGACCAACAGGCUGACGCAGAGGGGAGUGAAGUUUUUCCAUAAGAAGGUUGAAUCUUUCCAGGAGCUGUUUUCCCAGGGUGUGGAUGUGGUCCUAAACUGCAGUGGGAUGCGCUCAGGGGACCUGCAGCCCGACCCAGAGCUGCAGCCCGGUCGGGGCCAGAUCAUCAAGGUCCUGGCCCCGUGGGUGAAGCAUUUCAUCAUCACUCACAACUUGAAAUCCGGGAUCUACAACUCGCCCUACGUCAUCCCGGGGAGCGAGUUCACAGUCCUGGGAGGGAUUUACCAGCACGGAAACUGGAGCGAGGAGAACAGUGCCAAGGAUCACAAAUCCAUCUGGGACAGCUGCUGCCAGCUGCUCCCAGCUCUCCAGAAGGCAAAGAUCGUCGGAGAGUGGUGCGGCCUGAGACCAGCACGGCCCUCGGUCCGCCUGGAGUGGGAGAGCAUCCGCCUCGGGAACCUCCAGGCAGAGGUGAUUCACAACUACGGCCACGGCGGCUUUGGGAUCACCAUCCACUGGGGCUGUGCCAUGGCAGCAGCUCGGCUCUUUGGGAGCAUCCUGCAGGAGAAGAAGCAGCUGGCCACCCCCCCAGGGCCCCGCUUGUGAGCAC